AUGCAUUCUCAUCAUUCCCAUAGCGGAGACUACAUCUCUCAUGCAGAAGGCCAAUUGGAGGAAAUGGUCCUCACUGCAAAGAAGAACGGCUUCACACACUUCUGUUUAACCGAGCAUAUGCCUAGAUUGGAUGAUAUGUACUUGUAUCCUGAGGAAAUCGAUAAGAAAUACACCAAACUUGAUCUCGGCGAGAAUUUCGAGAGGUACUUGGCUCAUGCGCGCAAAAUCCAGGCUCGAGAAAAUGCGUUGGGUGAUAUCAAAAUAUUGGUAGGAUAUGAAGUUGAAGGCAUAGAUGAUGCACAUAUAGAAGCUGCAAAUCUCAUAUCGGAAAGAACAGAUAUGUGCGUGGGCUCGGUACACUAUGUCAACCACAUUCCAAUUGACUUCAAUGCCGAUCUCUGGUUAAAGGCACGUGAGAGUGUUGGUGGAACCUCACGGGAGCUUUAUAAGGAAUACUUUGAAUUGCAAUACAGGGUGUUGAAGACAUUAAAACCUGCAGUUGUUGGUCAUUUCGAUCUCAUUAGAUUAUUCGAUGUGAAAGACCAUGAUCCUACUACUGGUAAAGACUUCCACGCGAGAACGAUACAGCAAGAUUGGCCCGACGUUUGGUCUCUCAUUGUCAGGAACGUUAACUUUGUUGUUGAGUACGGCGGGCUAUUUGAAAUUAAUGGAGCUGCAAUCAGAAAAGGCUGGGAAACCCCUUAUCCGCAAACCGAUAUUGCUCAGGAGAUUAUCAGACAGGGAGGAAAGUUCUCUUUAUCUGAUGACUCGCACACAUAUGCUCAAAUUGGACUAAAUUAUCAUAAGGUAUGGGACUACAUUGUCAAUACUUUGCAUUUGGAAACAAUCUACCAUCUAGAUUUCGAUCCUACUGGAGCAGUUACCGUUGUUGAAGACAAAACUUCAGAACUAUCUUUGCUGUCUUUCUGGGCCCAAUACAAGUAG